UGCACCCUGCGGUGGGCGGGGCAUGUGAGCGGAGAGGAAUGUAAACAGCUAGCACGCCCGUUCACCCGCCACCGUCAGCGCAGAUCAACACGCCCGCGCCCGGUCUCGGUAAACAGCAUCUCACCCGCCCGCCCGACCGACCGUUUGUUGUGACGCCGACACGGGGGUCAGGGCCGCGUUCCGGGGGCGGACUCAGCGACGUCUCUGCGGAACACACGGCGAACUUGGCUGAGUUAGCUUCGCGGAGCUAGCGUCAGGUCGGCUAGCUCCCGGAGCAGAAAGCGGCUUAACGCGGAUCCGCGGGUUUCAGGGUCUGUGCCGGUCUGUACUGAGCUGAGUCCGACAGGCCGGAGCCUCCUGUUCGCUGUCCGACCGGACGUCUGUCGACUGUUUAGACGACAAACUGAAAUAAUCCUCUGACGCCCGUCGCACCUUCAGAAGGAGUUUGUUUUUCUCUGUUCUGCCUGUUGAUUCAUCAGGAGGAGGGACCUGUGCUGGAGACUGGUGCGUUUGUUUUGCGUCACCCUGAGCAGGCGGCAGGAGGCCAUGUUAAAGCGUCAGCUGCUCCUCCGUCACGCCUCCAUCUUGAAGCAGCAUUUGUGACCUUGCGACCUCCUGACGCCGAGGCUGCUUCUCUCUGAUGACGCCGUUUGUGUCCUGACUCGUUUCUUCUUCGCUGGUUGUUUGUGUAUAGAAGGAGGAGUCAGCGUUUGUUCUGUGAAGCCGUCGGAUCCUGUUUCCAGUCGAUCGGCUGACGAUGGCGGAGUCCAGCUCGGAGCCAGCAUCAGACCUGCUGAUCAAACCCGUCUCCAAAGAACUGAUCGUAACCACGGCGAUGGAGGGACUGGGCCGGACGCCGGGAUCCGACACCGGAGCCGAGGUCCAGAGGAGCAAUGGGGACGCAGACAGUCCUCUACCCGCCAAAGUCCCGAAGGAGGAGGAGGAGGAGGCCACGCCCUCGCCGCCAGAGUCCUCGUCUCUGUCGUCUGAAAACGGGACGAUGACCGCCAUCACCACAGAAGAAGAAUCUGUGUCAGCUCUGCUCAGACACAUGGAGACUGAGGGGGGACGGGACAGAGGAGCAGACCCAGGUCUAGACCUGGACCUGGAGGACAGCUCGUCUGUAGCGACGGGUGGUGGCUCAGAGGACCAGAGGGAGUCCACGGACUCGGCGUCUUUCUCCAUCCCCAGUCUGGAGCUGUCGGACGGGGCCGCGGCUGCAGGAAACUCCCUGGACGUGGAGGACGGCCUGUCCUCGUCCUACUCGGCCCUGGGCGUGGACGGCUGCUCUCCGUCCGCCGAGGUCCCCGGUCUGAAGGAGGACGAGGCGCUGGAGGCUGCAGGAGGCGCUGCAGCAGCAGCUGCUCCUCCUGCCACCUCCUCCUCCUCAGCUGCUGCUGCUGCUGUGGAGCCCGGGCCGUCCAUGCCCGUGUAUUACCUGGUGAAGUGGAUCACCUGGAAGGAGAAGAAGACGCCCAUCGUCACUCAGAGUGAGAACGGACCCUGCCCCCUGCUGGCCAUCAUGAACACACUGUUCCUGCGCUGGAAGGCGAAGCUUCCUGCUCAGACUGAAGUCGUCACCACUGAGGACCUGAUGGCUCACCUGGGAGAGUGUGUGUUGUCGGUCACACCCAGAGAGAAGGCUGAUGGGAUGGAGCUCAACUUCCAACAGAACAUGAGCGAUGCGAUGGCCGUCCUCCCGAAGCUCUCCACAGGUCUGGACGUUAACGUGCGUUUCACCGGAGUGUCCGACUUUGAAUACACACCUGAGUGUAUCGUGUUCGACCUGCUAGACAUCCCUCUGUACCACGGCUGGCUCGUUGACCCACAGAGUCCAGAGAUGGUGGCUGCUGUGGGGAAACUGAGCUACAACCAGCUGGUGGAGAAAAUCAUCGACUACAAACACUCUGCAGACAGCAGCCGAGUCAGUGAAGGUCUGGUUGCGGAGCAGUUUCUGGAGUCGACAGCGACUCAGUUGUCGUAUCACGGUCUGUGUGAACUCAACACGACGGCUAAAGAAGGAGAGAUCUCUGUGUUCUUCAGGAACAACCACUUCAGCACCAUGAUCAAACACAAGGGUCACCUGUACCUGUUGUUAAUAAAGUUUUCUCUCUCUCAGGGUCACCUGUACCUGUUGGUGACAGAUCAGGGUUUCCUGCAGGAGGAGGCUCUGGUCUGGGAGUCUCUUCAUAACGUCGAGGGCGAUGGAAACUUCUGUGACUCAGACUUCAGACUGUGUCAUCAGAGAGCUCCGCCCACCUCCGCCCUGCCCCCCUCCGCCCAGGACCAGCAGAGACAGAUCGACCAGGACUACCUGGUGGCGGUGUCCCUGCAGCAGCAGCAGGGCGGGGCCCCGGGGCCCCUCAGCGACCUGGAGUUGGCCCGACAGCUCCAACAGGAGGAAUACCAGCAACAGCAGCAACUCCAGCAACAACAGCAACAGCAGCAACAAGGAUCAGGACAGGUGGCACAGCAGGUCAGAGGUCAGGGGUCACAGCAGGCCAGGAGGAGAGACAAGGACUCAGACUGUGUCCUCCUAUAGACUCUUCAUCAUCCUCAUCAUCACCUGUAACACACACACACACACACACACACACAUACACACACACACACAGCUCGAUGCCAAACCCCAGUGCUUUGUCCAACAGGAGACGGUUUGGGAUUCCAGGUUUUGGAAAGUUUGUAAAUUUGUAAGCAAAGACUGGAGUCUGAUAAAACAGGUUCAACUGUUCAGUGUCUUUAUUAUUGAUCAGGAAAAUUAUUCACUGAUGUUGAAUUGAUCAGUUAUAAACCAUUAAUAAGAGAAAUUUAUAACUGAUCAAAUUAAUCUUUAAUAAAGUCAUCAGUUAAAAUGUUUGUGAGACAGUGACGCCAAAAGAAGAUGAAGGAAAACCGGUGGAAAAUCCGUUAAUUGAACUGAACGACAUGAAAACUUUAAUCUGACUCGACCAGUUUCACCACAAGAGGUCGCACACGAGCAGAUAUCAUGUUUUUACACCACAGAGGAACAGUUACUGUUCUCCACUGAUUCUUCUCUUAGUUUAAGAAGCAGAAACAGCACAACCCUUAACUAAAAUUAUUUCAUCAUUUUGAUGUUUUUAAUUCAGGUUUUUCCCUCUGAUCGCUCCAUCAACAUUAAAAAGUUCCUGUCAUGUGACCUCCUCUUUAAUCAGCUGCAGACGAAACUGAACUUCAAACCAGGACGUCAUCAGUUUGUCACUGAACCCAGAGUCAAUACAAAACUCCCUUCACUUUUCCACUGAUUUUUGUCUCCUGUAGAUCAUCAGCUCUGACGACCAGUAAAGUUUCUCAUCUUGAAAAACUUGAUUUUUGAAGUUUUUCAUUCAGCCCACUGAUGCUCAGACGUUUGAAUUUUAAAUAAAAAAAUGACAAAACCACUGUUCUGUUAAUUAGAAAUGAACAACUUUUGAACAAGUUUUUCAGAAAUAACUGAUCUAUAAAGUUAUGUGAAAAUAAAUAAAGCAAAAUUUAUUUUAGACUCUUUUACUUAAACUGUGAAUUUGUAUUUAAUUGGAUAUUUGUUAAAUUGGAGUAGUGUACCGAACUUUUUUCAUUCUGACGCUAAAACAAACCAUAAAAUUACCAAAUAUUUCCUAAAUAAAAUAAUAAAAAUAGUUGAAAUAUUAGUUUUUGUAAUCACAGCAGAAAUCUGAGGAUGUGUGGUCUGUUUUCAGUCACAGGUUUGAUUCCUGAUCGUUAUUGAUCAUUUUUGUGUUUGUGUCGACUGCAGAGCUCAUUUUCAUUCAUCAGGAACUUUGAUCUGUACGGAAGCUUGAACCUGCCAGGAAAAUUGAUUUUAAAAAAUGAAAUGAUUCAAAAAUGACAAAAUAAUUAUUUAGAUGUAUGUCCAAAUGAUUUAAUAUUUGAAUUUUUUUCUUAUAAGCCUGAUUUUUCAUCUGUUUUUUUAUGAUUUAUAGUCUCAACAAUAUGACUAGAAGUAAGAAUUUAAAUGUACAAUUUUCAUGUUUUUUUUUUCCCUGGCGUUUUCAAGCCUCUGCACAUGGAAACACACUGAAGGAGUAAAAAGUUUCUGAAUCGACUCAAAAACAGUUCAGACUUAAAAAGACAAACUGGAUUUGAAGCAUCUUUGAACUAAAUCCAAAUUAAUUCUGCUGCUAAUUCACAGAUGUUUAUUUAACUGUUUGGUCCUGGUUUUAAAGUUUUUUUCCUCUUUUGAACCAGUAAAAAUCCAGGACCCGGUUUUGGUCUCUGACUUGAAGAAGAAAACCUUAAAAGGGAUAAUGGAUAAUUCAUUAAUACACUGGUCGUGAUUUAAAACGACUUAUUUUAAGCCACAUUGAAUAAAACAGCUACCUGAAACUGAGAAAGGUUUUCUUCUAAAAUCAGAAGAUUGUCAAGCAGUUUCAGAUUCGCGAAGAAGAUUUAGUACUUAAAACUUUCUCAUCAUGCCUCUGUGAGUGUGUCAGGCGUUGUCGGUAUUUUCUGUAGUUUUUUUUUUUUUUUUUUUUUUUUGGUGUGAUUGUUGACAGCUGAGCUUCAGUCUGACCGCUGCCAUGCUCUGUUUGUAUUUAAUUUGUCAUGAUGUCAAAUUGUCAGUAAAAACAAAAUCAAACUCUGA